CGAAAACAAACAGCUCAAAAUUACCCCCUAAUUUUCUUUGUUUAAUUUAUAUAUGAAUAAAUCAUGUAUGCCUAUUAUUUUGAAUGACUCUCAUCCACCAGUCAUAACGUUUCAACGCUAUCUACUCCUUACCCAAUACUCAACUAAAUAAAGUUGACUUGGAAGACUCUAUCAUUGUACCUCUUAUGCUUCAAUGGUUCCUGGCCCAUUUCCUGUAUCAUUUGAAGACUCUGGGAAAAAGGGCUGCUGUUGUCUCUCUUUGGAUGAGAGUAUCUUCUCUGCCUUGAUAUAGUUAAAUAUAAUCUUCUAUCAUAGAUAACAAAUCCAUCUGCGAGGUAAGUUAAUUUUGACCUUUGUCAACUGCAGAUUUUGUUUAGGUUUUCUGUUGCACAUUAGAAUAACUUCGCUAAACAUGGCAAUGACUAUCAGCACGAUAAAGAAUUUGUUGUAAUGGCUUCUUCUUCUUCACUACGUCUUAUAAAUGACAACAGCGCAAACAGCCCUACAAACAGUAACAUGGACAUUGCUGAGCAUGAUGAGGAGUUCACUGUAAUGGCUUCCUCUUCAUUACCACUCUCGGUAAUCGAUGACAGCCCAAACAAUCCUAACUGUAGCAGCAUCAAUAUGGCGCAGGAUACUGAUGAAUAUGGCCCAGUCUCUUCCACUUCAUCAUUGAAAAGAACUACUACCAUCGACACGGCACACCAUACCAAUGAAUAUGUUUCAGUGGUUUCAUCUUCAUCUUUGCGAAGGACUAGCAGCUCCGAAUUCUAUUACUUGGAACUGUACAAAGCUGUGCUCAAUGGUGACUGGGAAAGUGCUUCAAAAUUAUUGGCGGAUGAUCCCAAAUCAUUCUCCGCCCCGAUUGGAACAGAUGAUUCCCCAAUGCUUCACAUAGCAGUUGAGUUAGGAGAGGCCAGAAUGGAUUUCGUGGAGAAGUUCGUUGAGUUUAUGCCAAGUGAGGCACUGGCUCUGCGGGAUUCUGAUGGCGCCACUACCCUUUUCAACGCUGCAAGGGCUGGCAAUAUAAAAGCAGUCAAGUUGUUAGUGAACAGAAACCCAAGCUUGCCCAAUAUCUGCCAACGCCACAAUUUUGCGCCUCUUCACAGCGCUGUUAGGUAUGGUCAUAAAGAGCUGACUUCAUAUUUAUUAAGCGUCACCAGAGAUGAUGUAGAUCCAAGUCCUUUCGCAGACAAGCCUGGAUUCGAACUUCUGUACAGAGCUCUAAUGGUGGGGUUUCAUGGUGAGCUAUAUUUACUAUCCCCUAUCUACUUUCUUGAUAUGAAUUACUGUCGGGUUCCCAUGUACAAUUUUAUAAUAUGCUCAUUCCACUGAAUGCUUCGUUGGAUU